AGAGCUCGAGGAAGAAGAACAAAAAAAAAUCUGAAAACCUUAAAAACGCGUGCGGCGGGUUGGGAGUUUUUUUUUUCUUUCGCUCGGUUUUCUUCUCUGAGUGUCUUGAUUGUAGCGCAGCAGUUGAACAGUAUCGUGCGAUAUAGGAACUGAAUAUGGCGAUUAAAGAGAUUAAGAGUAAGAGUAAGAAGGUGAAGAAGAGUGAGGGUGGGAAGGUGAAGCGGGUGAAGGAGGAGAAGAAGGUGGUGAAGGAGGAGGAGGAGGAUGUGAGUGAGGAAGAGGAGGAAGAAGAAAAGGAGGAGGAGGAGGAGGAGGAGGAAGAGACAGCAGGGGAGAAAUCAGAAGAAGCAACAAGUGAGAAAGAAAUAGAGAGCUUUGAAGAGUUGGGCGUUAUCGAACCGAUCUGCGAGGCAUGCAAGGCGAUGAAGUUCAAGAAACCUACGCCGAUUCAAAUUCAUUCGAUUCCGGUUGCUCUUGAAGGACGUGAUGUUAUCGGGUUGGCGCAGACGGGUAGUGGAAAGACCGCUGCUUUUGCAAUUCCUAUUCUACAAGCUCUUUGGCAAAAGCCGUCUCCUCUAUUUGCCUGCGUGUUGGCCCCCACACGCGAACUGGCGUACCAGAUCUCCGAGCAAUUCGAAUCUCUAGGCCAAGUCAUUGGCCUGCGCUGUGCCGUCAUCGUCGGCGGUAUGGACAUGAUGUCGCAAUCAGUCGCGCUCGGCAAGAAGCCACAUGUUAUCGUCGCUACCCCCGGUCGUUUAAUGGAUCAUUUAGAGCACACAAAGGGGUUCAGCCUGCGAGGAUUGAAGUACUUGGUCAUGGACGAGGCCGAUCGGUUGCUUGAUAUGGACUUUGGUCCGAUUAUCGACAAGCUGCUGCAACUUAUCCCUACCGAGCGUCGCACGCUGCUGUUUUCGGCUACCAUGACCUCAAAAGUCGAGAAGCUCCAGCGCGCAUCGCUCGCGAGUCCAGUACGGGUUGCCGUGUCGACAAAGUACGAGACCGUCAAGACACUGCUGCAGUCGUAUCUCUUCUUCCCCUUCAAGCACAAGGAUACGUACCUAGUCUAUCUCGUAAACGAAAUGGCGGGCCAGUCCAUGAUCAUCUUUGCCCGCACAUGCAACGACACCGAGCGCCUCGCGAUCCUGCUUCGCAGCCUAGGCUUCCCCGCGAUCCCGCUGCACGGCCAAAUGACCCAAUCCUCGCGCCUGGGCGCGCUCAAUAAGUUCAAGUCCGGCGCGCGCUCGAUCCUGGUCGCGACCGACGUCGCCGCGCGCGGUCUCGAUAUCCCGCUCGUGGACUGCGUGCUCAACUACGACAUCCCGACGGAUUCGAAAGCCUACAUCCACCGCGUCGGGCGAACCGCGCGCGCGGGCAGGGCGGGUAAGAGUUUGUCGCUCGUGACGCAGUAUGAUCUCGAGCUGUAUCUGCGGAUAGAAGGUGUGCUGGGGAAGAAGCUUGAUGAGUACCCGAUUGAUAAGGAAGCGGUGAUGUUGCUGAGCGAGCGCGUGGGCGAGGCGCAGAGAGAGGCGAUUAAUGAGAUGAAGCAGUUGCACGCUAAGCAGCGGAAGCGCAAGACCGAUGGAAUCACGCAUGGAAAGAAGAGGAAGCAUAAUGACGAUAUGGACAGAGAGGAGAGGUAGUUUGGGGUUUGCUGUGCAAUGUACU